AACAAGAAUAGGAAGUCUUGAGCAUCUUCAAUGUAGUGGAUAUUCAACUAUCUUUUUUUUUUUUCUUUUUGAAGAGAAGGAAAACAUAGAAUACUGGAAAUAGCACUGAAAUGAAUAUUGGGACAUCUUUUUCUUCUAAUUAUCUUAGUUAAAGUACUCAACUGUAUGGGAUAGUGCAUAAAUCUUGGAAGACUGCAAUAAAUCGGCAAUGUCUCGGGAACCCACCCCACCUCUCCCUGGAGAUAUGUCUACUGCUCCUAUAGCAGAAAGCUGGUGUUAUACACAGGUUAAAGUUGUAAAAUUUUCCUACAUGUGGACCAUUAAUAACUUCAGUUUUUGUCGAGAAGAAAUGGGUGAAGUGUUAAAAAGUUCAACGUUCUCAUCUAGCCCAAGUGACAAAAUGAAAUGGUGCCUGAGGGUAAAUCCAAAAGGAUUAGAUGAUGAAAGUAAAGACUACUUGUCCUUAUAUUUGCUUUUAGUCAGCUGCCCAAAAAGUGAAGUUCGAGCAAAAUUCAAAUUUUCCCUUCUGAACGCUAAAAGAGAAGAAACAAAAGCAAUGGAAAGCCAAAGAGCAUAUCGAUUUGUACAAGGGAAGGACUGGGGUUUUAAAAAAUUCAUUCGAAGGGAUUUUUUGCUUGAUGAAGCUAAUGGUCUUUUACCAGAUGACAAGCUUACAUUAUUUUGUGAGCAUCUCCAGCACUGCUUGCAGAAGAGGAGGAAGCAUUGCACUGCCCACGUAAAGAACUGCCUCCUCCCCCUCCCCUGCAAGUGGUGCUGUAGACAGGUGAGUGUGGUCCAAGAUUCAGUAAAUAUAUCAGGGCAUACUAAUACAAAUACUUUGAAGGUUCCUGAAUGUCGACUAGCAGAAGAUUUAGGUAAUCUCUGGGAAAACACAAGAUUUACAGAUUGCAGUUUUUUUGUGAGAGGACACGAAUUUAGAGCUCAUAAAUCUGUACUUGCAGCUCGAUCCCCAGUUUUUAAUGCAAUGUUUGAACAUGAAAUGGAAGAAAGCAAAAAGAAUCGAGUGGAAAUAAACGAUGUAGACCCCGAGGUUUUUAAAGAAAUGAUGAGAUUCAUUUACACAGGGAAAGCACCAAACCUUGACAAAAUGGCUGACAACUUGUUGGCAGCUGCAGACAAAUAUGCACUGGAACGACUGAAGGUCCUGUGUGAAGAAGCUUUGUGUAGUAACCUCUCAGUGGAAAAUGUUGCUGAUACCCUUGUCCUUGCAGAUUUGCACAGUGCAGAACAGUUGAAAGCACAAGCCAUAGACUUUAUUAAUAGGUGCAGUGUACUUCGACAGCUUGGGUGUAAAGAUGGGAAAAACUGGAACAGCAAUCAAGCAACGGACAUAAUGGAAACAUCAGGGUGGAAGUCCAUGAUUCAGUCUCACCCUCAUUUAGUAGCAGAAGCCUUCCGAGCACUAGCAUCUGCACAGUGUCCACAGUUUGGCAUUCCACGCAAACGGCUAAAACAGUCCUGAAAUCUUCCAUGAACUGUAGAAAAAUGGAAUUGACUUUUAUUCCUCCAGGUCCAGAAGGAUUCUAAUAGACAAACCAUAAGCAAGAGUUGUUUCUGUUGUCUUGUCUACAGAGCAGAAGCUGAAAAAGCGUAUGGCUUGCAUUUCAGGCAUCUGAACAAUAAGUGAAUCCUGGACGGUCUACUCUCCUAAAAACAACAAACUGAUAUUAUUUGCAGACUAAAGUCUCUCCUUUCCUGAGAACCCUCAGAAACUUGUCAGGCCACAUUCUGAACCUUCCCCAUCCCCUUAGUUUUUUCCUUUCUGUUUCAGUUACUGUACUAACAUUGUGGAUGAUACUGAAAUUCUGCAUAAUGUGAACAGGAUAAACUUUAUAAACUGCUUUU